GAGUGCAUCUCCAUUAUUUAUUUAUUUAUUUAGUUUUCACUCUCUCAUUUAAUGUUUUUUUACAUUAAAUUAAUAGUUUCUUGUCAUCUUGUCACCUCCUAUAUAUAAACCAAAUGGUCCAAAUCCCCUCCCCUUGCAUCCUUGUUUGUACAAUUUUUCUUUCUUCUCCUUUUACUUUUUUUUUAAUUUGUAAAAAAAAAUAAAAAAAAAAAUAAUUGCAACUAAAUUCCUCUUCCCCUCGAGCUCUUCUCAUGGGGGGUUUUGGGAUAAGCCCACUAGGCUUGGAGCUCACCAUGGCUGUUCCUGGAUCGAUGAGCUCUUCUUCCGUCUCUGAGGGUGUUGGCUACAACAUUACGAGGGACCUAGACAUAAAUCUCCCAGCAUCAGAGGAGAUGGUUGAGGUGGACGACGACGACGUCGACGGAAGCCACCGGUCGAAGAAGCUCCGGCUCUCGAAAGAGCAGUCGAGGUUGCUGGAAGAGAGCUUCAGGCAGAAUCACACUUUAAACCCCACGCAGAAGGAGGCGCUGGCAUCGAGGCUGAGGCUGAAGCCGCGACAGGUGGAGGUUUGGUUCCAGAACCGCAGGGCAAGGACAAAGCUGAAGCAAACGGAGAUGGAAUGUGAGUACCUAAAGCGAUGUUUCGGGUCUCUGAGCCAGGAGAACAAGCGCCUGCAGCGCGAAGUGGAGGAGCUGAGGGCAAUGCGGGUCACCCCGCCGACCAUCCUCUCCCCGCAAACCCGUUUACCCAUACCCGCAUCCGCCCUCACAAUGUGCCCGCGAUGCCAGCGCGUCACCACGGCCGCUCCCUCAGCCCAGAACCGCAGGGACGGCCGUCGGCCGCUUGCUAGGGGUUAUAUUGUGGUGGAGUGUUGAGCGAGGGUAGUGAAAAGGUGUCAUGUAGAUAGUUUCUGGUUUGAGUUUGGAGUAGUUGCAUAAUUUCAAUUCUCAUUUCAGCGUCCAAUUAAUCAGGGAAUUAUGUUUUACUUA